CUUCCUGAAUGCAAAAUGGCGCAAUCCAAACUGAUUCUUGCUGUGAUUUUGACCACUGUGGUUCUGUUUGUCGGAGGAUUUUUACUCGGAUAUUUCAUAAAGCCAGAUAGCGAUGACGAGACAAAAUCAAAAACGACGGAGAAAUCUCGUUUUAAAUCUCACGAAAAGUUGUAUGAUUUGCUUGACGCCGACAAAAUACGGGAAUAUUUAAGAGAGUACACAGACAAGCCACACGUUGCGGGUUCCAAGAUUCAACUGGAAUAUGGUCGAAAAAUAGUCACUGAAUGGGACACAUUUGAAGGUUUUGACAAAGUCGAAACAUUCCCCUAUAAUGUUUUAUUAUCCUAUCUUGAAGACGGGGAAACAAAUGUUGUAACGGCGUUUGACUCUACUGGUGCUAAACUCCACGAAUUUAAAGGAAAGGAGAAGAUUUUAGAACCUGGUGAAAAUGAUACAGCGGUAAUCCCACCUAUCCUCGGUUACGCCAAGCCUGGCCGGGCGACUGGAAAACUAAUGUACGCCAACUACGGGAGAAAGGAAGAUUUUGAUCGCAUCUACAAUAUGACUACAAACUGUUUUGGGUAUAUUGUCAUCAUGAGAUAUGGAAAAAUAUAUCGUGGAAAUAAGAUCAACAUGGCAGCCGAGUGUGGAGCGGAAGGCGCAAUACUCUAUAAUGAUCCAGAAGAUUCCGCGCCCGAGGGGGAGAACAAAACCUACCCUAAAACAUGGUGGCUCCCCCCAUCCGGAGUACAAAGAGGUAACCUACGGACGGUCAAGGGUGAUCCACUCACUCCUGAUGUUCCUGCAAUAGAUGGGAUUCUACGCAUGGAAGUCGAAGAUGUAUUCAUGCCUGCUAUUCCUGCUACCCCUCUUCCCUAUGGUCAGGCCAAGAAAUUACUAAAGUUAAUGAAAGGCUUGAAAGCCCCGCCGUCUUGGAAAGGUGGAUUCGACUUCCCCUAUUACACCGGUAUUAAAGGCUCAACUCCAAAUGUGACAAUACAGGUGAAUGCCAAAUUACGUAGACGUAAUAUCACGAAUGUGGUUGGAACAAUUCUGGGCGAGGAAGAACCCGAUAAGUGGGUACUUCUAGGAGCACAUAGGGAUGCUUGGGCUUUUGGUGCUGUGGAUUCUUCUUGCGGGACCGCUGUAAUAAUGGAGAUUGCUCGUGGCCUGAACGAAUUGGUGAAAUCAGGUUGGCGGCCAAGACGUACAAUAAAGUUAUGCAGUUGGGGAGCUGAAGAACAAGGCUUGAUAGGUUCCAUUGAAUGGGUUGAACAACAGAGCAAGAUUGUUAGAGAGAGAGCUGUAGCAUACAUUAAUAUUGAUGCUGUUGUGAGAGGGAACUAUAGUUUUGCUGCAAGAGGAACACCAUUGUUUAAAGAAUUAAUGUUCGAAGAGACAAAAAAUGUGAAGGACCCAAGGGAUGAGUCAAAGAAAGAUGACUUGACGUUAUACCAAAGAUGGAAGAAGGACAGCAGCUUGCCGAAGUUUGGUCCCCUCGGAUCUGGAUCGGAUUUUGUUCCAUUUUACCAGUUUCUCGGUGUUCCUAGUGUGGCGUUCUAUUACUCAUUCAAAUCCCUAAGUGUUACGACAUACCCCGUAUACCACUCAAUACAUGAUACAUUUCAUUGGUUGGCAACGUUUGUCGAUCCCAAUUUCCUUAUCCACCUUUCCAUGUGCAAGCUGACAGCAAGACUACUACUGGGUAUGUCAGAUAAAAACAUUUUCCCUAUUGACGUCACACGUUAUAGCAAUGCGCUGCUGGAAUCCGUAAAAACACUACAUGACCAACAGGAUGCAAAAUUGAAAAGUAAAGGUAUUUCAAUCGCCAAUAUCGACAAGGCUAUUGAUGAGUUCAACAAAACAACCCAUGCGUUUGAAAAACGUAAAAAAUCCUUUAAAUCCACCGAUUUCUCUAAACUACGUGUUCUAAACAACCAAAUGGUGAAUUUAGAAAAAAUCUUCAUCAACCCAUACGGCUUGCCCGGGCGCCCAGACACAAGGAAUAUCGUCUUUGCACCUUCUGUGACCAAUAGUUAUGGAAGCUCCAGUUUUCCUGGAAUUUCUGACGAGCUUUCUAAGAAAAAAGUAAAUUGGUUGGAAGUCAAGAAGCAGAUUAAUAUUUUGUACAAGAGUAUCAAGGAAGCUAAUGAGUUCUUGCAACCAGUUUGGAAAGAGGAAUAAAGAUUUUUGUCUUAUUUCACCUUAGAAUCCAUGAUAUUUAGAUUGAAUAGAGACAACUGAUGUAACCGCUCGAACUGACUGCAUAAAAAUUUUACAUUGGACUUUAGUUUGCUUUGCUCAACAUAUAUUGGACAGCAGUUAAGUAGAGUUGCAUUCUUUCAUGAAAACAAUGCAUUUGAACACAUAAAAUCAUAAUUUUGAUAAAUUUCAAAAUUUCAGGCAAAUCGGCAACGGGGGAGCAUUGGAUCCUAAUUUUCGUCGAUUUUUGGAAAUUUCAAAAUUCGUUUCAAAAUACGUCGAAAUGCUUCAGAGUUAAGUAGAAUUGCAUUUCUUCAUGAAAACAAUGCAUUUGAACACAUAAAAUCAUAUUUUUAUAAACUUGAAAAAUUGACGCAAAUCAGCACGAAGAAAGAAUCCUGAUUUUCGUCGAUUUUUGGAAAUUUCAAAAAUCGGUUUAAAAUACGUCGAAAUGCUUCAGAGUUAAGUAGAAUUGCAUUCUUUCAUGAAAACAAUACGCUCAAACAAAUAAAAUCGUACCUUGAUGAAUUUGAACAUUUCAGAAAAAUCCGUACCGGGGGAACAAAGGAAAGACGUCAUACCAAAGAUAGCAGAAUCGGUGGAUCGGAUUUUGUUGAAUUUAUCUUUUAUCAUUUUUUUUGUUAAGAUAUAUUUCUAUCAAUAAAGAGAAAGGUAAUGUUAAUAAUAUGUAUGGAUGAAAGCACAAAUGUAUUGGGAAUAUCUACCGUGAAAUGGCGUGAAUGCAAGAAAUAGCCCGAUUUAAUGGAAGAAGAAGGAAUUAGUUUUUGUGUUUGUUUACUUUAAAAACUAUCAUACUACUAAUAGGGAUUCAGCGUACAUCAAACAGGUCAAGCAAAAAUUCCCAAAGCUUAGCUUGGUUAUAAUUCGCCAAAGCAAAGUAUCAAUGCAGAAUACUAUUAAUAUAU